CUCGUCUCAGCAAAGCUACAUACGUAAUCAAUUUGGCCAUCAGGCGUGUUUGCGUAGGGCUAUCCUGGAUUUGAAGACAGACAGCCUCCGGCGGCUGGCUUUCAGAAAGCGGCGUCAUAGUUGGCCGAGAGCCCCAUGUCUGGAAUGAAACGGGUGCACCGAUUGGCUUGACUUUUCCCCCUUAACAACUCACACGGAUGAUUUUCUCUCUCUCCCCGCCUUUGUCAUAUUAAGCAAGCUAGAGAAGAAGCGAGGGGAGCAUGGUGUUCGAAGCGAGACCGAAAGGCUGACCAACUGAUAUCAGUCGAGACAGACAGCUCCAGAGAGAGGGGAAAGGGGGAGAUAUAUUUGGAAUAUUGAUUCAGAUCUCCCAUACUUUUAUUUUUCCAGUUAUCCAGUUGAUUUGGCGAUGUCAGUAAAUCCCCCCAGCAGCAACGAUGCCUGUCUGAGCAUUGUCCACAGCCUGAUGUGCCACCGGCAGGGUGGCGAGAACGAGGGCUUCGCCAAGCGGGCCAUAGAGAGCCUGGUGAAGAAGCUGAAGGAGAAGAAGGACGAACUGGAUUCGCUCAUCACUGCCAUCACCACCAACGGAGUUCACCCCAGCAAGUGUGUCACCAUCCAGAGGACGCUUGAUGGGCGCCUGCAGGUGGCUGGGAGGAAAGGGUUCCCCCAUGUGAUCUAUGCUAGGCUCUGGCGCUGGCCAGACCUCCACAAGAAUGAACUGAAGCACGUCAAGUUCUGCCAGUUUGCCUUUGACCUCAAAUAUGACAACGUGUGUGUCAACCCCUACCACUAUGAGAGGGUGGUUUCUCCAGGUAUCGUUGGUCUCAGCAUUCAAAGUGCAGGACAAGGCCCACCAGGUCGACUGAUAAAAGAGGAGUACAUCCAUGACUGCUUUGAGAUGGACCUCCCUUCCAGAAUGCCCCCACAGCCCGAGCACUAUAGUCAGCCCCUCCCUCCCCUGCAGAUGCCCCCCGAGCCACCCCACACCCCAUCCUCAAUCACCCUCUACCCCAGCAUGCCCCUCUCUCCACCCGUGAGCAGCUCCUUGAUGGGGUCGAUGUCUGGGGGCCACGGUGAGGGCCUGCUCCAGAUCGCCUCUCCCCAGAGCCAGGGCGUACCCCAGACGCCACCCCCCACCACCCCGACACAUGGGCCGCCCCCCCAGCCUCCUACCCCUCACAGCCAGAGUGACUACAGCAGCAGCUCCAGACACACCCAGACACAGAGCUCGUAUCACACGACCUGGACAGGCACCAGUACGGCAUCCUACACCCCUGUAGGACUACAGCAGAAUGGGCGUGGCCACCCGCAACCUCCCCUGCACCACCCCAACCACUUCUGGUCUCAGCAACAUCACAGUGCAACAGCCUUUCCUCAGCCAGUCUCCAACCAUCCAGGUCCAGAGUUCUGGUGCUCCAUCUCCUAUUUUGAGAUGGACAUCCAGGUGGGGGAGAUGUUCAAGGUCCUGGCUAACUGCCCUGUGGUGACGGUGGACGGAUACGUGGACCCGUCGGGGGGAGAUCGCUUCUGUCUGGGACAGCUCAGCAACGUGCACCGCACCGACUCCAGUGAACGAGCAAGGUUGCACAUCGGGAAGGGGGUGCAGCUGGAGUGCCGCGGUGAGGGCGACGUGUGGAUGCGUUGCCUAAGCGACCAUGCCGUGUUCGUGCAGAGCUACUACCUGGACCGGGAGGCGGGCCGAGCUCCGGGAGACGCCGUCCACAAGAUCUACCCGGGGGCCUACAUCAAGGUGUUUGACCUGCGCCAGUGCCACCGGCAGAUGCAGCAGCAGGCUGCCACGGCCCAGGCGGCGGCGGCGGCUCAGGCGGCGGCGGUGGCAGGAAACAUCCCGGGGCCGGGCAGCGUGGGGGGGAUCGCCCCGGCAGUCAGUCUGUCCGCAGCAGCGGGGAUAGGCGUGGACGACCUGCGACGCCUGUGUAUCCUGAGGCUGAGCUUCGUGAAGGGCUGGGGUCCCGACUACCCUCGGAAGAGCAUCAAGCACACCCCCUGCUGGGUGGAGGUCCACCUGCAUCGUGCCCUGCAGCUGCUGGAUGAGGUGCUGCACACCAUGCCUCUGGCUGACCCGGGAGGACACGGUCAUGUCAACUGAGCUCUUGGUGUUUUUAUGUUUCACUAACCUGGUGGGGGUGCAGUGUCCCCAUAAGUAUAGUAAAACAAGACACAUUUGACCUUGUGGGGAGCUUUUGCUAGUCCCCACUAGGAUAAAGGUUAUUUCUGGCAUGUAGGGUUAAGUUUAGGCAAAAAGUUACAAUUGGAGAUGACCCACUGGCCCAAUGACCUGGGACCUUAAGUACUUUGGACACUGGUCAGACGGUCACCCUUGAAAACCUUCAGUGGAUUCUACCUUUAACAGCGUCGGACCAAUGCCUUGAUUACUGGGCUGCAGACUCACACAGGUAUAUAGCGUCUUUACAAUUAUGCUGUACAUUAAUUUAAUGAGUGAGGUCUCUUGUUCUUAGUAGAUAUUAUAGUAAGUACAUUCAGCAUCAGCAUAUUCUGCAUCAGUAAUUUCAAUCAACCUAAGUGACUUAGUGAAACUUAGUUACUUAAAAAAAGUAAUGGAAUCUCAUAUAUUAUAUUUAUUGAUGGAAGGUUUGAAUCAGUAUGUUUCCUCCCCAAGCAGAUGAACAGAGCCCAUUUUUAUCAGAAAGUAAAAGAAUGCACUGCCUACUUUAUGGCCAAAAAACCUCUGCUGAAUGUGCCUAUCGUUGUUUUUUGUCCUGCUCAACCAAAGCUAUUUGUCUUGAUGAAUGCCAAGAUACACCCUUAACUAUAAUACCAUUACGUUAAUUCAUCCAGUGCCUUAAUUCUGAAGUACCAACAAAAGAUUACAUCCCCACAAAAAAGGCCUUCGUUUGUUGUUUUUUCCCAGUACAUUCCUACUCAAUGUUCCUCAUCUCAAGUGAUGUGAAGUAUUUACUGCAACUAAAGACUGUGUGUCAGCAAAGUCAGGACACCGGUAGUCUCAUGCUGUGAUAACUGUCGUGAGUUCCUUGGCUGGAUUACCUUGGUCUGGUAGGACACCUAGUGAGCCAUCUGGGUACUACACAGUCUUGCAAGUAUAUUGUUUUCAUAUAUUUAUUUCUGUCUAAUGUGGGACACUUUAAAUCACACCUGAGGGCCUCUGCUUCUCUUCAAGCCCCUAUGCCUAAUCAUGUGAGGAUCAAUGAUGAGCAAAUUAUGAAAUGUGUAUAAUAUUAUUUAUUAUGUAUUUCCCCUGUGCCUAUAAGGCUUACUGUUCUUGUAAAUCAGUAUAUUAGCUGCAAUCAAGGUUCUUACAGUAUACUUUCAGCUGUCCGUAGUCAGCUUAUGUCUGUCUUACAUAGAUGUCACAUAGAUUCAUUAUUGAGUUAGAAUAUACCAAAUAUUGGGAGUUAUACCUUUAUCCUGAAGGUAGUUUAUGAUGGUCUUUUGGGUGUUUUACAUGCAAAAUAAUUGAUUUACAUAUGCUGGAUGCAGGUUUUAACUAUUACAAAGUUUACUAAGAAUUAAACUGUUUUUAUAAAACCUC